ACGCGGUUUCCGCUGCGCUCUUAUUUCACCCUCAGAUUGAGAAAGACGCGCAGCUCGAGUUCCGAAUAUCGUCGACGCGGAGUCUAAUUCAGACACACUGAAGAUUAUUAAAACCCGAACGUUUCCUUUUAAAGCGACGUUUGCGUUUCCAUUUUUCUUUCCUUUGUUCAAAGUUUCACGUUUCACCGACCGGCGUCGACGGGGAUCACAGGACGCGGCAGCGGAGCACGAGCGACAUACCGGCAAACAAAGAAACCCGUUUGUGCGAGAGAUCAGCCUUCAUCAGCCCAUAGUUAUGAGUCAUGUGGCCGUCGAAAAUGUGCACGGUCUAGACCAGCAGCUCGCUGCCCUAGACUUGAACUCCGCUGAUGUUCAAGGAGUCCCUGGAAGGCGUUACAUUCCACCUCAUUUAAGGAACAAAGAAGCUUCCAAAAAUGAUUCUCCCGGAGGAUGGGAUAACGGACGCAGCAAUGGCUUCGUGAACGGCUGCCACGAUGGCCGAGACAACCGCAUGAAUGGGGGCAACAGUUUCGGUGGCCGCGGCUCCGUGCGCAACGACCGCGGAGGAAGAGGAGGCUUCAGAGGUAAAACCAGCGGCUCCUACAACCCCAUCCAGCCAAUGCAGAGCGCAGGAUUUGGUUAUGACAACAAAGAUGCCGGCGGGUGGAAUGCCCCAAAAGACACUGCCUACAACAGCUUUGGCGGCCGCUCUGACCGGGGCAAAUCAUCUUUCUUCAAUGACCGCGGGUCUUCAUCCAGGGGGCGGUAUGAGCGUGGAGGUUUUGGCGGCGGUGGGAACAGCCGAUGGGUGGAGGACUCCAGAGACGAUGAAGACUGGUCCAAACCGUUGCCUCCCAAUGAGCGUGUGGAACAUGAGCUCUUCUCUGGAGGCAACACCGGGAUUAACUUUGAGAAAUAUGAUGACAUUCCUGUUGAAGCCACAGGCCAGAACUGUCCACCACAUAUUGAGAGUUUCCAUGAUGUAGAUAUGGGAGAGAUCAUUAUGGGAAAUAUAGCCCUGACCCGCUACACACGGCCCACUCCUGUCCAGAAGCACGCUAUUCCCAUCAUCAAGACUAAGAGAGACCUGAUGGCGUGCGCACAGACAGGUUCUGGUAAGACUGCAGCCUUCCUGCUGCCGGUCCUGAGCCAGAUAUACACUGAAGGACCGGGAGAGGCGCUGCAGGCUGUGAAGAACAGUGCACAGGAAAAUGGGAAAUAUGGCCGCCGUAAGCAGUAUCCCAUUUCACUGGUUUUAGCCCCAACAAGGGAACUGGCGCUCCAGAUCUACGAUGAGGCCAGGAAGUUUGCGUACCGCUCUCAUGUGCGGCCCUGUGUGGUGUAUGGAGGCGCUGAUAUCGGUCAGCAGAUUCGUGAUCUGGAGAGAGGCUGCCAUCUGCUGGUGGCCACUCCUGGGCGUCUGGUGGACAUGAUGGAGAGGGGCAAGAUCGGCCUGGACUACUGCAAGUACGUCACUGAUCUGCUGCACUUUGUGCCUCUGUGGAACGCCGUCCAAUCUUAUGCAUGUCUGUUACUUUUAAUGGUGCCCAGUUUUAGGUCCAAGAAUGCACUAGCUUCUCUUAUUUUCACUGUUUUGUGGCUUGACUAUAAGUUUUAA